UUAAGAGCCCCCAACUUCUGGUAUUUCUUUCCUUUCUCUGACAUACUCUGUGCAGCUUAAAGAAAUCUUCUAGAAGAGAACAAGAGCUCAGGGGAACCUCAAAAUUACAGGAGCUGACAAAUUGGACAAUGUCUCAAGGAACUUUUUCCGGCAGGAGGGCUCUGCCACCCAACAAUUCCAAUGGAGAAGAGAAUGAGCUCCCUACGGAAGAGAUUAGUGGUCUCUUGCCCAGGGGAGUUCAAUUACAAGAGUUUCUGAAUGUCACAGACGUCCACCUCUUCAAAGAUUCCUGGGAUACCAAUAAGGUGGAGCAUCACACAGACCGAUAUUACAAUGAAAAGCUGAUUGUUCGCAGAGGGCAAUCCUUCUACAUCCAGAUUGACUUUAAUCGCCCCUAUGAUCCCCAAAGGGAUAUCUUCAGACUGGAAUAUGUCAUCGGUCGCUACCCUCAGGAAACUAAAGGGACAUUCAUUCCUGUUCCCAUCGUGUCAGAGUUUCAAAGUGGAAAGUGGGGGGCAAAGAUAAUUUUGAAAGAGAACCGGUCUGUCCGCCUCUCUGUCCAGUCCUCCCCAGAGUGCAUUGUGGGGAAAUUCCGCAUGUAUAUUGCUGUCUGGACACCCUAUGGCAUCUUCCGAACAAAGAGAAACCCAGAAACUGACACUUAUAUUCUCUUCAAUCCUUGGUGUGAAGAAGAUGCUGUGUAUCUGGAUAAUGAGAAGGAAAGAGAAGAAUAUGUUCUGAAUGACCUUGGGGUUAUUUUCCAUGGAAACUUCGAUGACGUAAAAACUAGAAGCUGGAACUAUGGUCAGUUUGAAGAUGGCAUCCUGGAUGCUUGCCUGUACAUAAUGGACAAAGCACAAAUGGAUCUCUCUGGACGGAAGAACCCAGUGAAAGUCAGUCGUGUUGCAUCGGCAAUGAUCAAUGCCAAAGAUGAUCAAGGUGUUAUUGUUGGAUCCUGGGACAAUAUAUAUGCCUAUGGGGUGGCUCCUUCUGCCUGGACCGGGAGUGUUGAUAUUCUGUUGGAAUAUCAAAGUUCUGGGAAUCCAGUACAGUAUGGUCAAUGCUGGGUUUUUGCUGGUGUCCUCAACACUUUUUUUCGUUGCCUUGGAAUACCUGCGAGAAUUGUCACCAAUUUUUUCUCAGCCCAUGAUAAUAAUGCUAAUUUACAAAUGGACAUCUUCCUAGACGAAGAUGGGAAAAUAAACCCCAAACUUACAAAGGACUCAGUAUGGAACUACCAUUGCUGGAAUGAAGCCUGGAUGACCAGACCUGAUCUUCCUGUUGGUUUUGGAGGAUGGCAAGUGGUGGACAGCACCCCUCAAGAAAACAGUGAUGGGAUGUAUCGUUGUGGUCCUGCCUCUGUCCAGGCUAUUAAGCAUGGCCAUGUCUGCUUCCAGUUCGAUACACCAUUUGUUUUUGCAGAGGUCAACAGUGAUCUUAUAUAUAUUACAGUCAAAAAAGAUACCACUCAUAUGGUUGAAGCUGUUGAUAAAACACACAUUGGGAAAUUAGUCAUCACCAAGGAAAUUGGUGGAGAUGGAAAACAGGAUAUAACUGAAAAUUACAAAUUCCCAGAAGGCAAAGAAGAAGAAAGACUUGCUCUAGAAACUGCUCUGAUGUAUGGGGCUAAAAAGCCUCUUGACACAGAGGGUAUCCAUCAAUUCAGAGCUGAUAUUGACAUGGAUUUUGAAGUAGAAAAAGCUGUACUUGGAAAAGACUUCAAAGUCACCAUCACUUUCCGGAACAGCACCAACAGACGUUAUACAGCUACAGCUUAUCUCUCUGGCAAUAUCGUCUUCUACACAGGUGUUGCAAAGUCGGAAUUCAAGAAUCAGACCUUCGAUGUGAAAGUGGAACCCUACUCCUUUACAAAUGAGGAGGUGCAAAUCAAAGCUGGCGAGUACAUGGGCCAGCUGCUGGAACAAGCCUCGCUCCAUUUCUUCGUCUCUGCUCGGAUCAAUGAGACCAGCAAGGUUCUGGCCAUGCAGAAAUCAACUGUACUGCAUAUUCCUACAGUGAACCUCAAGGUUCGAGGACAAAAAGUGGUUGGUUCAGACAUGGUUGUUACAGUAGAAUUCACCAACCCCCUGAAUGAAACACUGUACAAUAUCUGGAUACACCUUGAUGGACCUGGAGUAAUGAAACCAACCAGGAAAAUGUUUCGUGAACUUCCACCCAAUUCUACCUUGACAUGGGAAGAAGUGUGUCGCCCCUGGGUCCCUGGCUCACGAAAACUGAUGGCUACCCUGAAUUGUGAUGCCUUGAGACACGUGUAUGGGGAACUUGAUUUAGAGAUUCAAAGAAGGCGAUAGGUGGAGAUCUGCAAGGAAGAAGGGGGAAACAGCUCCUCCAUGUUUUACUUAAGAAAUCUUGAUGCAAAAAUAGGCCAGCUCUUAUUUUAUCUUAGGUACCAGCAUAUUACACAUUGAAGAAGGCAAGAUCAAGAAUAAAAAGGCUGGUAUGUGUUUGACAUCCACAGAGAGCUCUCUACCACACUUUUCCAAAUUCUGCCUCCUCAGUCUGGAGAUGCAUGUAGACAGACUAGAGGGAUCUUGAAUAAUUCCAACUUCUAAAGUGUUCAGAGCAUUCGCUUUAAUUAAACUCUAAUUAAGCUCUAAUAGCUCAUCAAACUAAAAGUUAUCAUUUAUCAUGGCAAAUGGCUCAGACUCCAUUAAUCAGAGGGAUUUCCUAACCCAAGUAAUUUGCCUGUGACCUGAUUUGAUUUCAGACAAGAUUUCCAGUGCCCAGGGAAGUAAAUCUAUAAAUGAAGAGAGAAAGAUCCUCCAAAAAAGACCCCCCACACACACACUUUGAUCCAAAUCUUUUUUUGUGCUUCCUGCCCAUGAAUAUUUCUCACCACAACUCCUCCUACAGGUCACAGCAUUCUGGGUUAUAAGAGGGGAAGGGCUUCCAAAAAGUCUCCAGCACCUACUGCAGAAGGACUGGCUGCCAAAUUUCACAGGUUAACUGUGUGAAAAGACACAGCUAAGUCUUAACAAACUACAUUUAUGAGGAAUGUAAUCACCUAAAGAUGAGGAAGCAAGGACACCACUCAGCCCUUUUAAAACAAGACAGCUUUAUUGUGCAUUUGAUAAGAGAUGUCAAACACUAGUCUCAUGCACAGGAGCUUUUUAGCUCUUAGAGUUAAUGAAGUAUGGCUAUAAAGUACUAAGAUAGGUUUGUGUAGUAUUUAGAAUCUGUCUCACUAUUUUAAAUUCACAUUUUGUUCAUGUUUCCUGAAUCAUCCACCUCCUCAGAAAUUCAAUCCUUAGAAAUCCCUUAGAGUCAUGUCAACUAGGCAAAUGCUGUGGAGGGAGCAGUGAAUUUGGUGGCUCAGCAUAGAUGGAGAAGGAUUGAUUCCUACUAAAUCUCUCCAGCUAUUUGUAUCUUUCACCCAGUAACCUCAGCUAAUUCUGGGAUGCUGAAACUUUACAUUUACUCAGUCUUGCAAAUGGCUAUUAGCUCUGUGAUGAUUUCAGGAAAAUAAGCAAGAAAAUCUUGCAUUCAUUCAUUUCAUUCCCUGAGGAGAAUAGUACAAUUGGACUAAUGCUUAAUUUGCAAUGGUGGUUUAUGUUAAAAGUCUACCAAAAUGUCCAAGAGAAUAAUCUAGAUCAGCAGACUCUUAUUCUUAUCAACGCUGUAUAAUGGGAUAGAGAAGAGGGGUGGGGGAUCAUGCUCUGGUGCAUAUGACUACCAUUGAGGAAAAACUGGUUGCCCUUCCCAGACACCUAGACAUAAGCCCUUCAAGAGCAUUAGUUAAUCAAAGCUAAGGCUUUUUUAAAAAUCACUUUUAUUAAGCAGUCUCUAGAACUUCUGCUGAAGCUCUUUUUGGUAAACAAAUUUCUAAAAGUUUUUGCUUUGCUAUGAGCCAGCUUGACUUUGUAUGCUAUUAUUCAUUUGCAUGUUCUAAUUAACCAGAAUGUAAUGGAAAUUUAAAAUAAAGUUCAUCUGAUUAUACUUGCAUACAGCA